AUGGGUGCGGCCUUUGUGCUGGCCAUGGUUCUGCUGCUGAUGUGUAUGUCGAUCGGCGUGUGGGCGUUUUCGGGCACGCGCACGCCGACACUCGCGGUUAUCAGGAUGCUGGUCCUCGGGGUGGCGGGCAUCACCGCCGUCACCAUCGUCUUCUCCAUCUUUGUCGCCCAUGUGCCGGCUGCCGACGAGCCGAAGGGUCAGCACUGCGUGGAUGGCCGGCAGCGAGCCGCGUCAUACGAAAGCAUCAUUCCCAAGCGACAGCGGAGGAAGAGGCCGACAGCAAGCCGACAUGGCGGGGAGGCCGCGUUUGUUGUGGUCGGCAUCGAGUCGUCGGGCUCUCGACUGACGGCAAAGUCGUUGGCGGCGGCGCUGGGGAUCAUGGACGGGUGGGACGGGCUAGAAGACAUUGGAAAUCGCAAGCAUCAUGUCUUCCAUCGCUCGCUACCACACGGCAAUCGCGAUGUUGGAGUGCGUGGCUCGUUUCCAGAGAUUCCUACGUUGGUUGCGUCGCUGGAGCGCAGCUUCGAGGACGUCUUUGUGGUGCUCACAGUCCGCGAUGCGCAUAUCGAGCAGUGCUCCAAGCUCAACAUGCAUAAUGGCGGCGAUAGCACGACAAAUGUGUGGGAGAUGCAGCAUGGGCGAGAGCUGGUGCGAUCGCUGAUGGCGGCGGGCUACGUCGACGUUGUCGUCUCGUACGAGGCGCUGAUGUUCAUUGGCGAGCCAUACAUGUAUUCGAUCUAUGACAAGCUCGGCAUCAAGUCAAGCUACAUGCCGCGCCUAGUCGACGCCAACCACCGGUAUAUCCGGCCAUGCGUCCCGUCUUCGUCCGGAGCCGGUGGGCGCUCGGACUCUGGAUCUGGGCGUGACGAGGUUGCUGAGGCCGAGGCCUGGUCCAGAUUAGUGCGGAAUCGCGGUGGGCGCGAGGCCAAGGGCGAGGCAGUCUCGGCAUCGACGGUGGCCUGCGGGGUGAGCACGCGGACAUUGGCGAGCGCGACAGGGCGCCAGGGCGAGAGCGUGAUGUCAGUCAGCAUGGCCAAGCUCGCCGAGUCGGCUAACACGCAGCUGCUGCUGUGUUCGUACGAGUAG